CUCCCCCUCCCCUCAGCUGUGGCACCCGCAGAGUCCGAGACGUGAGGAGUCCGAGACGUGUGGCGAGGCGGCGACAAGCUCUGGGGUCAACUCACUAUCCUGAAAGUCCACCCUCCCAAGAAGCAGGGACAGAAAGAAAGACCUCUUUGUAAGAAAGGCUUGUGUAUCCCAUGAACGAGACAGCGAAAAACCGAUUGGAGUGCAGCAGGACUCCAGAGCCAGAAAUACGGCUCAGAAAAGGGCCCAAACUUGAUGGUACAAGAGGUAAUGAUGACAACCACCAAGGAGAUUUGGAGCCUGUUUUAGAGGCAUCUCUUCUUUCUACCCAUCAUAAAAAAAGCUCUGAGGAACGUGUGUGUAAUGAUGAAGCUUCUCAGGAAGAGGAGGGGUUUAUGGGCAUGUCCCCUCUCUUACAGGCCCAUCAUGCUAUGGAAAGAAUGGAAGAGUUUGUUUGUAAGGUUUGGGAAGGUCGAUGGCGAGUAAUCCCUCAUGAUGUACUUCCAGACUGGCUCAAGGAUAAUGAUUACCUUUUACAUGGACACCGGCCCCCUAUGCCUUCUUUCCGGGCCUGUUUUAAGAGCAUUUUCAGAAUACACACAGAGACAGGCAACAUCUGGACACAUCUAUUAGGUUGUGUAUUCUUUCUGUGCCUGGGGAUUUUUUAUAUGUUUCGCCCAAACAUCUUCUUUGUGGCCCCUCUGCAAGAGAAGGUGGUCUUUGGAUUAUUCUUCUUGGGGGCCAUUCUCUGCCUUUCGUUUUCAUGGCUCUUCCACACAGUCUACUGCCAUUCAGAAGGGGUCUCCCGACUCUUCUCUAAACUGGAUUACUCUGGUAUUGCUCUUCUGAUUAUGGGAAGUUUUGUUCCUUGGCUUUAUUAUUCUUUCUACUGUAACCCACAACCUUGCUUCAUCUACUUGAUUGUCAUCUGUGUGCUGGGCAUUGCAGCCAUUAUAGUCUCCCAGUGGGACAUGUUUGCCACGCCCCAGUAUCGAGGAGUACGAGCAGGAGUGUUUUUGAGCCUAGGCCUGAGUGGAAUCAUUCCUGCCUUGCACUAUAUCAUCUCAGAGGGGUUCCUGAAGGCUGCCACCAUAGGACAGAUUGGCUGGUUGAUGCUGAUGGCCAGCCUCUAUAUCACGGGGGCUGCCCUGUAUGCUGCCCGCAUCCCUGAACGCUUCUUUCCUGGCAAGUGUGACAUCUGGUUUCACUCUCAUCAGCUAUUUCACAUCUUUGUGGUUGCCGGCGCUUUUGUUCACUUCCACGGGGUCUCAAACCUCCAGGAGUUCCGCUUCAUGGUUGGCGGAGGCUGCAGUGAAGAGGACGCACUGUGACGCCUACAGUAGCCAGGGCUGGGACCCUGAACCGGGGCCGCUGCAGGCCUCUCCCUUCCUGGCUAUUGAUGCCAGUACCAGAGGAGCCCCAACACUUUGACAGCUUCCUGGGCUUGGUGACACCCCAGGGGCUCCAUGUGGCACAUAACUGAGAAAAGAAAAACAAAAAUAAAUCAUACCUCAAA